UUUCGGAACUUUUCGCACCACCAUGAGAUACAGGAACUGUCUCCGGAAACCCGCUAAUCGAGUGUUCAAAACUAACCCCCUCGACUACGCGAAGCCCCCCUACCUUGCUGAGAAACUGCCACCGUUUUGGGAGCACGUGGCUCCAAGUCCUUACCGCAUUUAGGGUACAAUAAACUCUUCAAUGCCACAGGACCCUGAGAAGAUAUUUUGUCUUUCAAAGCUAUCGCUGCCACUAGCAUCACCGCUUUGAGCAAUCUUUACGUGAAUUCCUAUCUGAAUCUAGCGAGUCGGCCAUACUCCAUCUCUUUCACCGUAUCCCAACCCGUUCUAUAGUUCCAGCGAUACCACUCUAUUCCUCGGUUCUCCGUCGGAAACUGAACGAAAAUCAUGGCUACCAUUCCCGCUACAUCUGCAUCUUCAAGUAACCCUACUCUCUCAUCACGACCAGUACCUGAACCUCGACCAUCCACCACUGUCAUCACUGACUUCUGUGCCCAAUCUCAGCCCGAUACCAACGUCUUACCUCCCUUCUCUCCUUCUCAGAAACCAACAUUCUUGAACUUUCGUGGGCUGAAGAAGACCAUCUCUCGUAUUACGUUGAAGGCCAGUGGCACAUAUGAGUCUAGAGAUGGCUUGGAGGGCUCGGAGGAACGCGUUGGCACCCAACCGUUGUCUUUGGUCUUGAAGAAGAAACUAUCGGUUCUGGGGCGACUUAACGAUGUGCGGAAGGAGGGGAAACGGGUUGGAACUGGCAGUCGCGCCCCGCGGAGUAGAACAACUGUUGCAAAGGAGAACCGAGCGGAUACCACACGGACACAAACUCACCCUUCCCUACUUCGCACACGGUCCUUGUUUGGCUUGCGUUCGAGGAAAUUUUCGAUGUCUUCGACGUCUGUCGUCGGAACCAAUACUGGGCCCACCGACGGAUCUACACUCGUAUCCUCCACUCCUACCCCUACGUUCCUCUGUAACGCGUUCGAGAGUGCUGAAGCUGAAGCUCGAUGGACUCGGCUUUUGGCGGUUCUCGAGCUAGAUACCUCGGAGUCUAAUUGUGAGCUUGAGGAGGACCGUAAAUGUCGAAUUCGCCGUUCCCGCUCCUUCUCCGACUUUCAAAACCGUGGUAGUGGUUUUUCGUGGGACAAGACCUCGGUCAACUAUCCGUGCCUAUACGAGCUUGAGCUUGAUGAUAGCAGUGAAGCGGAGAGUCGUUAUUCGGAUGACAUGGAGCUGGAUGACCUCUGGUCGGUUGAAUAUGUGGAUAAUUCAGUUUGGCACCUGGAGAGAGGGUAUGAAUCGGAUUUCAGUGGUGAGGAAGUUGACCGGAUUGUAUAUUGAAUUUGUUUCUGUUUUGACCGCCAAGCUACUUUCCCUCAUUACACUGGCCCCGCCUUGGUUUUUUCGUUUUCGUACAGAUUGGGUAAUUCCUCUGUACGCUUGCAUAGUUACACUGGAGUUGGCUAGCGAUACACCCCUUUCUCCACAAUAACAGAUGGGUACUUAGCUGCU